UUCAAAAAAUCCGUCAACAGGCCGAAUUUUCACCGAAAUAAACUGUAAAUAACAAACUGCAGUUCGGGAUUUACGGUAAACUGACGGCCGGAAAACCGUCAGCAGAUCGUCCGGUAACGAUGAACGUUUGCUGGGGGAAGGCUGACCCUCCGCGCGGUCUGUCAGGCUCCGCGCUGCAGCAGGCGGCUCCGUCCAAACCGAACCGGCUGAGGAGGAGUUUCAGGCCGACCCAGCAGACACAGACAGCCGCCGAGGUGGAGCCGCCGGAGAGCCAGCAGCCCGAUUUUAAGACCCCGACCAGGAUCCCCAGACCCAGAUCAGGCGGUGGUUUCAGCGGAGAGUCUCCCCACAACGACUCCGACUUACAGCAGGACAUCAUCUGGGACGCCACCUCCCCGUCACCCCGCAGACUCGGUAAAAGAGGCAAGAAGCAGCCUGCUGGAGUCGUCAACAUCUCCGAGAUCGUGAGCAGGAUCGCUCCGAAGCACGGCAGACCGAAGGCCGCGGAGCCGACUCUGCAGCAGUGGAUCGGAGACAGCGCCACCAUCCCCUGCACGCCCGACGUCCAGGUUCCCAAACCCAAGAAGAAGUCGCCACGGCCGAACGGCGUGGACGACCUGCUGAAGCUGGCCAAACAGUUUGACUUCAACAUGUUUCGUCAGGAUGAAGAAGAGGUGGAGGAGCUGCACCAGCAGAGUCUCGAGCUCCUGUCGGAGGACAUAUUGGACAUCUCGUCUUGUGGAGACAGUCACCCAGCUCUGAAGGCGACGGCGGAUCAAUAUUUGGAGGACGAUUUGGAUUUCCUGUUUGACGGACCGACGCAGCAUGUGAGCGGGAGUCUCAGUCAGGUGUCCACAGCUCAGCCGUCACGAGUGAAACCUGCUUCCAAAGACGCUCCUGGGAAACCGUGUGCUCCCUCGCACGGUUGCACGUCUGGUGUCUCCACGCCAAAAGACGAGUUUGAGGACGACUGGGAAAACGAUGACUUGUUGAACGACUCUUUAGUGUUGGAGAUGACACAAAAUCCGCAGAACUUUAUCGCUCCAAAGCACUGCUCAACCCAGAAACCACCCAGCCAAGUCAAAUACCAACAUCCUGCAAAUGUCCGAUCCGGUGUUUCGAAAGUGGAAAAGGACAACGUGAGGCGAACUUUCAAACUGGAGUCUAAUCCUAAUUUGUCUGUCAAAGGGAUCCAGACGGACACAUGGACUAAACCGAAGGAUUACGGCUCAAAAUCUGCAGAAAAAGACACUCAGCAGAUCAAGUUCUCGUCCCGUACUGGUGUUUUAGUCCAGGUGGGACAUCAGCAAAAUAAAACUGUGACGUCGGAGCCACAAAAACAUCAGUUUCAUCAAAACAAUUCUGUCGCCAAACACAACACGACCACUUCGAACUCUUCUGCUCAAAGCUUUCCGACGGUGGUUUCUUCCCACAGAGAGACGCCUGCUGUCUCCGACCUCCUGGACGAAGACCUGUCCUCGUUCUUCUUGUCCGACCCGGUUUGGGACGACCCCGCUGACGACGACCUUCUGUGUGAAAUGUGCGACGACCUGGAAAACCAGAUCCAGAGCGCCGUGAACGUUCCCGCCAAACAGACAAACCAGAGAGCGGCUCUGCAGCCGUCCAACGGACACCAACAACAGACGGCCAAUCAGGAAGCUUUCCUCCCGAAAAAACACACUCAAACGCCCUGCGCUCCAGGUAGACCAGCUGGCGGUUUAAUCUCGAGCGUCCCCGCAGGUGUACGGGGGACGGAUUCUUUCACAUACGCACAAGUGAAAAACACUUCAGGAUCCACGAACAGUUGGACGUGUGCACAGGGGAGCAGCCGGGUCCAGACGUCUCCGCAGACUAAACCCCACAAAGGCCAGUUCACCUUCAAGAAGCCAAACCCAGUUUCUACGGCGACCGCCAAAGUUGUGGGUAAAUGUUCGGCAGCAGAGAUCGAGCUGAAGAAGCAGCAGGCGAUGGAGAGAAGACGACAGCGACUGCAGGCCGCACAAAACCUCCGAGCUCCGACCUGACGGAGACAAAAACCGUCAAACCUGUCUCGCCUCACCUGCACGAGGAGGAAACCUGCCGUUCAGCUCUGCUGUCUGUGAGCACAUUUCUGAUUCCUCUCUCAGAUGUGACACUUUGUGGCAUAAAAACACACUCGUCUGCAGCACCGGGUAAACGACAACCGUGACAUAACACGUCAUAACCUGUCAUAACACGUCAUAACACGUCAUCAUAACACGUCAUAACCUGACAUAACCUGACAUAACCGUGACAUAACACGUCAUAACCUGUCAUAACACGUCAUAACACGUCAUAACCUGACAUAACCUGACAUAACCGUGACAUAACACGUCAUAACCUGACAUAACCUGUCAUAACCUGUCAUAACUAUAACUGACCUCUGUUGUGGCAGCUGAUCUCGUCCUCUGCUC